AUGACCGCACGCCUGCUCGUCGCCAUGCUCGCAUCAUUUCUGCUCUCCGUCGGUGCCGCGCCCGGCGCGACGCUCACCGUUGACGACGACGGGCCCGCGGAUUUCGCGACGCUGCAGGCGGCCAUCAACGCGUCGUCCGACGGCGACGAGAUCGUCAUCAUGCCGGGGAACUACACGGGCCCCUUCGACACGCUCGGCCGGUCGAUCCUGCUGACCGGGACCGAUCCCGGCGACCCGGAGACCGUGGACUCGACCAUCCUGAACGGCAGCACGAAUCACCGCGUCAUGAACAUCCCGCCCUCGGCCGCCCUGGUCAUCCUCCGGGGGCUCACGAACCACGCCGCGGGCGAGGGCGGCGCGAUCGCCGUGCGCGACGGGGAGCUCACGGCCCAGGACUGCCUGUUCACCGGCAACAGCGCCCACUCGGGCGGCGCCGUGGACGUGGUCAACGCGGACGCCACCUUCCAACGCUGCGAGUUCAACGGGAAUACAAGCGAGAGCGCCGGCGGCGCGAUGCACCUCACCGGCCCGAGCCUCGCGGGACGGAUCGCCGUCACGAUCGAGGGGAGCGCGUUCCGGCAGAACAUGGCCGGCGAGAUCGGCGGCGCCAUGCACUCGUCGCUGGCCGGCAUCGCGCUCGAGGACACCCUGUUCGAUUCGAACGCCGCAUUGAAUGUUGAAGGGACUUUCGCGUACGGCGGCGCGCUGUCGCUCUGGACGACGAACGUUCGGUCUGAGGAUUGCGUGUUCGUCGGCAACGCCGCGAUCUCGCGGAGGAGCAGCCUCGGCGGCGCUGUCGCGACCCAGGACGGCACAGACUUCGAGGCCGUGCGGACGGCCUUUGUCUCGAACGCUUCGCUCGCGACCGACCCGCCGAGCCCGUUCGUCUGCGGCGAGGGCGGCGCGCUGGACUUCAGCGACAGCGACCUUCGCGCCGUCGGAUGCGUGUUCAUCGCGAACACCGCGACCAACGCGCUGGCGAGCGCGAUCGACUACUCGGGUGCGAACUUCUGCGAUACCAAUCUCGUCCACGAACUCACGAACUGCACCUUCGCGGGCAACCAUGUGAUGGACGUGUUCGGAUCGCCUCCGCAGCCCGUCGCGACGGUCCGCCAUUUUUACUAUUGCGGUCCCUGCGGGUGCUUCCUCGGCGUCGACUACCCGCCUCUCACCAUCACCAACUGCGUGUUCGACGACCCGACCGAGGUGAGCGCGUACGCGAUCGGCGAGCGGGGGACGAUGGUGGAAGCCAACAACGUCGGCUUCAAGCACGAGAGCCUGCCCGCGGGCCCGGCCCCCGUGUUCGUGGAUCCGAGCGCCGGCGAUUUCCGCCUCGCCCCCGGUUCCCCGGGCGUCGACGCCGGGGACAACAGUGCGCUGCCCGCCGAUUACACGACGGACCUGCUGGGCCUGCCGCGUGUCGUCAACGGCACGGUCGACGCCGGCGCGUACGAGCUGCAGUCUUCCGCGCCGUGCCUCGGCGACUGCGACAACUCCGGGACCGUCGAUUUCAACGACCUCGUCGCCAUGCUCUUCGAAUUCGGCAACGCCACGCCGGCGUGCGACGCGGACGGCAGCCAGAACGUUGAUUUCAACGACCUCGUCGCGGCGCUGUUCCUGUUCGGGCCCUGCCCCAAGUAA